AAGAAGGAAAAAAAAAGUUAAGCCUGCAUAGUUGCAUAUCUCUCUUUUUCAAACAUCCGAUUAAUGCAUCCACAUCACUCUAACUAUAUUGAAUCGCUGAGGCUCAAUCUUCAAGUCAAUCUUGCCUUCAUCGUCGUACCCAAUAUCAUCCAGCAACAUAUAUCAUCAUGUAUGCGCUCACAUUAACUGCGGAAUUAAAUGGAGUCACCAACCUCCGACCUAAGGACACUACAGAUUCUCCAUUCUGGUAUACCUUCACUGUCCAGUGCACUUCGUGUCGUGAGGUGCACGGAAAUCCCAUAUCUGUUAGCAGAUUUGAGACAAAUGAUUUAAGUGGUAGUAGAGGGGAGGCCAACUUCGUAUGGAGGUGCAAGAACUGCAAGCGAGAAUCCUCUUGCUCAAUCAAGGCGGCACCCAAGGCUUAUGAACAAGGUGAACCGCCGAAACAGCAGUCUAUAAUGGAAUUUGACUGCCGAGGCUUGGAGUUCACGUCCUUUUCUCCGGAAGGAGAGUGGUUGGCUGAUGGUCUUGAAUCAAACACCAAAUUUGAGGGAAUCGAUUGCUUACAAGAAGGCGAGUGGUUUGAUUAUGAUGAAAAGGCUGGUGAUGAAGUGAGCAUCAAGGAGUUGAAAUGGGAUAUCAAGAGGGCUUGAACAAUAACUUCUUACAUGGACGUAGACAAUUUAGGUAUUCAUACGGACCAACAUUUAUCUACACAUCACUCAACCUUGAAAAAAGCAUAGAUAUAGCACAAUGUAAGUCUUGAAUACCUUCAAUGUUCAAUGUUGGUCGCAUCAGGUACCUAGUAACUACGAAGGUUGUGGCCAAAAGUUUAGACCAAGAUAUACCUCAG